GAAUGGAUUUCGAUCAAGUAAAUCAUGAAGAACCAGUAUCCAACGAUCUUCUUGUUCUGCGCAGUGCUGUGCAUCGCCAGAUUCACUGCCGGUGAAGAGAACACGAUAAUAACCGAUGAAAGAGUAGAAAAUACUGUGAUUCAGCAGAACGUGGACGGAGAGAAAAUCGCGGAUAUUUCGGCAUCGUUGAGAUGGCAAUCGAAGGGUUUAUCCGAGGUGCUUUCCGGUAUACAAUUCGGUAGUCCACCAUUGAGUUUAACGGCAGUCGAGUCGUUGGAGAAGCAUUCCUGUGAAGAAGAGGCUUCGACGUUCGGUCACGAGCAUGUCUGCGAGGUCGCGGCCCAUGAAAUCUUUUGCGAGAUGAGCAAGCUCAUGGUCUACGUCUCGAUGUCUACCCAGAACUUGGAGGUGAACGCAGGACCAUUGUCGAACGCCACGGACGAAGCGGCAUCGUACGUUCAGAUGGUUUUCAACGGAGCUUUGCCUGAGAUCAUAGAAGUCAGCGGAGCUACCUUUGAGGACUUCAUCAAUAAUCCAGAAAACGUGAUCAAUCUGGUCGAUGCAUUAAAGAGAUCGGUCCCUACUUCUGGCAUCAUCAGAAGCGCGACUAGAUUAGCAAUCGCUAUUAACAAGUUCGUCGAGCACGCUUAUAAUCUCCUCGUGUACAUGGGUGUUCCUAAUCUCGUUGACUUCUUCAGACAAGUUGCGCAGGGACUCGUGACUGUGCCAGGAGCGUUGUUGAACUUCCUUGUCGACAAUGUGUUGUAUCCUGUAGCGAACACGCUCAUCGAAACGAUUGCCUGGUGGCUAAUGAUACAAAAUAACUUUCCGGGUUACUUUCGACAGUUGUUCUAUAAGUAUCUGACGGUUGUAGAGGAAAUCAUUGAUAUUACACGUGCUUCUUACAAUGGAUAUUCGGCUUCCGGAUUUUCUCAAAUAAUGGUCGACACAGUUUUAUCAAAAAACUCAUCGCUGGGGAUGAUGUCGAUGAUACAAAAUUAUUCAACGGCCAACCAAUUAACAAUGUCCACUGACACGGGAUCUCCGUCACUGCAAAGUGGUCUAUCAGAACUGAUUACGGACGUCACAAAAAGUGCCACGGAAGAUGCUCAACCUUGGCUGAUUCCUGCAAUUACUAAGUAUAGCUUAUCGUUACUUCGACCAGCAGCCUCAAAUUCUAGGGUAAUUGACGUUUCGAUUUCGGAUGUGAACAUAGGUGAUGACAACGUGGCCUCUGUAGAAUCAUCGCCAGUUUCAUCCUCCGGAAUAGCUGGAACUCUGGAAAACGAUUUGACAAGCUAUUCUUCGCCGUUGAUCUCUUCCCCGUCUAUAUCUUCAGGAAAUAAUGUUGUUCAGUAUUCCGCGAUAAAUGUACAAUCAAAAGACAAUACACUGUCGAUCUCCGAUCAAGCUUCUCUCGUACCACGACCCUCAGAUUUUUCUAAUAUACGGUCUGAAUCUUCUGUUUCAUCUGCACAGAUUUCGGAGUCUUCGUCGAAUCUUUCGGUGAACGAUGGAACGAUCGCUGGAUCUGAUCAAAUUUCUGGUGUAAAUCCCAUUGCUCCUUCAAAGAUCUCGGCGUCUUCGUCUAGUCUUUCAAUGACCGACGAAACGGUUGUCGCAUCUGGUCAGUCGAUUCCUCUUCCUUCAAAAAUCUCGGAAUCUUCGUCCAGUCUUCAAAUAACGGAUAAAACAGUCGUGGCAUCCGGUCAGCCAAGUCCGAUAAAUUAUCCUACUCCUCCUAAAAUCUCGGAAUCUGCAUCAAGUCUUUCAAUCACUGAUCAAACUCUUGUCACGUCCAAUCAGCCUAAUCCUUUAAUUUAUCCCAUUCCUUCUAAAAUCUCGGAAUCCUCGUCCAGUCUUUCUAUGACUGAUGAAACGAUCGUCGCGUCCGAUCAACCCGCUCCUGUAAUAUACCCUGCUCCUUCGAAGGUUUCGGCGUCUUCGUCCAGUCUUUCUAUGACCGAUGAAACUGUUGUCGCGUCUGGUCAGCCCAAUCCUCUUCCUUCAAAAAUCUCGGAAUCUUCGUCCAGCCUUUCUAUGACCGAUGAAACGGUCGUCGCAUCCGUUCAACCGAGUCCUAUAAAUUACCCUGUUCCUUCGAAGGUUUCAGCGUCUUCAUCCAGUCUUUCUAUGACCGAUGAAACUGUUGUCGCGUCUGGUCAGCCCAAUCCUCUUCCUUCGAAAAUCUCUGAAUCUUCGUCCAGCCUUUCUAUGACCGAUGAAACUGUUGUCGCGUCUGGUCAGCCCAAUCCUCUUCCUUCGAAAAUCUCUGAAUCUUCGUCCAGCCUUUCGAUGACCGAUGAAACAGUCGUCGCUUCCGAUCAAAGCUCUAUCGUAAAUUCCAACUCUUUGGAUUCCUCGAUCCCUUUAACUUCGGGUACAAACAUCGUCUCUGAAAAUCUGGAAUCUUCCGCUACUAUUGCCAAAACUGACAAUUCUUUCUCGAGAAUAAUCAAUUCAUACUUGCCACGUGGAAAUCCCAGAGGAGUAUUUAAUCUCGGCUCUUUGUCUUCGCUUUCUUCUUCCAGGAUUAAUACCCCUACUUGCGGGACAUCAACUUUCUUAUCUUCGUUAUCGAAUCUUAAUAAUUUCUUGAACAACAUUGUAUCGUCGCCUCUGUAUAUUCCGUUAAAAGAAAUAGCAUCGGCUUUGAAUAAUGUAAUUCUGUCCCCCGGCGACGUGAUCGUUAUUUUCCUCAGGAAUAAUUUGGGACUGAUCGGACGUAUAGACGGUGGCAUACAAAUUUCCUUCAGGGUAUACAGGCUGAGAUCGACGGUCUCGACGAAUAGUCAGGAAGGUGUAAAUAUUUGGCACAUGCAAUCAAGAGAAUUUCCAUCUUGCGAACGCAGAAUCCGCUCGUUAUUUCAGAAUUAUUAGUAUCUUAAAAAUGUAACCGUUUACUACAUAUAUUCAUAUAUUUAUUACGACUAAGCUCUCUAGUUGUAUCAUACGUUGGAAUAAAGAUUAUUUAUUUAUAUGAAACGAAUUUCUUAAUUUGAGACUAAAGUUCGAGGUUAAAACAAAUCCUUUUACGAAGGAUCAUCGGGUAUUACGUAAAGCAAUCUUCAUUAUAAAUAAAAAUGAUGUGAUGCGGCAGCGUAAAGUUUAACAAGUACAAUGGCAAGUAGUAACAAGUAGAAUGCGAUGAUUGCACAAUUUCCGGGAUACAAAGGCUCGCGGGAAAAAAUGCAAAUCAUCUAGCUGUACGGAAUAAUUAGUUCCAUCAAAAGUAGGCAUUCGAGGGGGGAGGAAUUCGGUUUAAUUCAAGUAUAAGACGAAGACGAGUCAGUGUAGGAGCGCGCGUUUAUCCGACGACAAAGAAAUUGAGAACUUCAAAGUAUAUACAGGGCUAAGUGGUUAUUAGCUUGAUCUUUGAUCUUAAUUCGUUUUAUCGUGGUGGCAUACUUUGUCCGAAGCUUCCGAAGCAGUUUGCUUUGGUCUCUCCAACAGGAAUCGUCACAGAGCUAAACAACGAUUCGAGCUACUAUGUCCCGAAUUCUUUUGUUCGCCUUUCUGUUCGCCUGCUUGGUGUACAUACUGCAGGCCAGCCCUGUGCCAGACGAUGCACCGUCAACGUCUCCUCCAUCAGUCGAUCUGGAUGAUAUAAUGAGCAAAGCGAAGAAAGCGCUCGACAGUGCUUCAGAUGCGAUUUCGAAAGGGAAUCUGGACAUGGCCUUAGACAAGGCGAAGGAGUUGUUCGAAAACGCUGGCGAAAAUAUCAAGAAAGAAGUAGAGAAGAUCGUAGACAAGUUGCGUGAUUAAUUAUUAUCUGUGUACGUCUACGAUUUUUUACAAUUGUAAUUUGAUCAAUGUUCAGCAGUGUCUCGUUAUCGCAUUUCUUCUAUCAAUGUUAUAAUUACGAAUUGUACUAAAUCUGUUAUUAACAGUUGUAAGUUUCUCGGAACCAACGUGGUUCAAAAUAAAACUGAAAACAAUAUAUA